CACAAGAAACUAGCUCCCUGGAAGUUUUCCGACUAGCUUGGAAAGACGGUACCGUGCGGUAUCGAAGAGCCCUCACCACCAAACUGGGAAUCUUCCGACUAGCUUGGAAAGACAAUAUCAAAAAUCACUAACUGCUGCUUGAUCAGCCUACUUUUCCAACCUAGUUGAGGAGAAUAGAAACAAUCCACAAUUUGUUGAUACUGUCGCAAAGCUAACGAAACAGCAGCACUCCCCAAGUGAGGAAUGGCCUUUACUUCAAGCAGUGAUGAAUUCAUGAACUUCUUUGAUGAAAAUAAAAUAUUAAUUAGAAAGCAAAUUUCGAACUCUUGAAUGUGAAUAAUUUCUCCCAAACUCUGUUGUCCUGAGUCUGCACAGAACUGCCAGGACCUCGGAUCAAUGGAGAUACUCAAGUUCUUUUAAUCCUGUAUCUCUCAACACAUUCACAAAAAUAGUCAUGGCCUCUAAACCUUCCAGCUGUCUACUAUUCCAACUAAACUACUGAAAGAGCUACUUCCUGUGCUUGGCCCUCCUAUGUUGAACAUCAUAAAUGGCUCCCUAUCUGGAUGUGUAUACGAAACGCUCCAGUCUCUUUUUAAACCCCGUCAUAGUACUGAGACCACACUUGUGUAGGUGGUAAAUUACCUUUUUAAUAGCAUCAGCCCAAGGCUUUUCUGUCUGUCCUUGUGUUCCUAGGCUUUAGUGCAACUUUUGACACCACAUUCUUUUGGAGAUUAGAAACCCCAAAAUUGGUCCAGGCAGACAAUCUGAAACUUUCUGUAAAACAUAAAAUGAUGCAGAAAAGCUAAUCCAGGCUUUUGUCACUUCUAGAUUAGACUGCGAUUCUCCAGCCACCUGCAUAAAGCACUAAAUACAGCUGCUAGACUCUUGACUCAAACCGUCAAAUUUGAUCAUCACUCCAGUGCCUCUACACUGGCUUCCUGUCAAGGCGGAUUUUCAAGGUUUUACUGUUAACCCACAAAGCAAUACAUAGACUUGCUCCUACCCAUCUCUCUGGUCCUGCCGUACCUACACGUACGCUAUGGUCACAACACACAGGGCUUCUUACUGUCCCUAGAAUUUCUAAGCAAACUGCUGGAGGCAGGGCUUUCUCCUUUUUAUGGAAUGGUCUGCCUAUCCAUGUGAGAGACGCAGACUUUGGUCUCAACCUUUUAAGUAUUUUAUUGAAGACUCAUCUCUUCAAUAGGUCCUAUGAUUAAGUGUAGUCUGGCCUAGGGGUGCGAAGGUGAACGGCAAGGCACUGAAGCAAUGAACCGCCCUUGCUGUCUCUGCCUGUCCGUCUCCCCUCUCUCCACUGGGAUUCUCUGCCUGUCCGUCUCCCCUCUCUCCACUGGGAUUCUCUGCCUCUGACCCUAUUACGGGGACUGAGUCACUGGCUUGCUAGUGCUCUCCCAUGUUGUCCCUAGGAGGUCAGCAUCGUGUCUUGCCAAGCUUUUUUCACUGUACUUGACAUGAGUGGGUUGAGUCACUGACAUGAUCUUCCUCUCCGGUCUUGGGUGACAUCUUUGUGGGCUCCACCUUGUCUCAGGGUAGUAUGUUGGUGGUCUGUUGAUGUCCCUCUGAUGUUGGGGGGGGCUUUGGCUAAGUGGGUGGGGUUAUACCUGCCUGGUCGCCCCCCCCGAGUCCCCAGUGUCAGGGGGGCUAGUGUCAGUCUGUCCUAUCCUGUCUUCUCUGGUGUGAUCUUAAGUAUGCUCCCUCUAAUUCAGCCAUCUCUCUCUGCCCCAGGACCAUGCCUGACAACUCCUGGCUGUCCCCACUCCCCCAGGUCAUGCUGCUGAUCUAGUUUCCGCUGUUCUGCCUGCGGCUAUGGAACCGUAGGAAUGAAGUCAUAAACAGUGCAAUGCUUGAAGCACAGCGAAGAGCUGCUGGCAAACGCAGUAAAGUGCUGUUUAAAUGAAUGCAUUCGAGCCUGCUGCUGCCUACCACCGCUCAGUCAGACUGCGCUAUCAAAUCAUAGACUUAAUUAUAAUAUAAUAACACACAGAAAUAUGAGCCGUAGGUCAUUAAUUUGGUUAAAUCCGGGAACUAUAAUUUAGAAAACAAAAUGUUUAUUCUUUCAGUGAAAUACGGAACCGUUCGGUAUUUUAUCUAACGGGUGGCAUCCAUAAGUCUAAAUAUUCCUGUUACAUUGCACAACCUUCAAUGUUAUGUCAUAAUUAAGUAAUAUUCUGGAAAAUUAGUUCGCAACGAGCCAGGCAGCCCAAACUGUUGCAUAUACCUUGACUCUGCGUGCAAUGAACGCAAGCGAAGUGACACAAUUUCCCUAGUUUAAUAUUGCUUGCUAACCUGGAUCUCUUUUAACUAAAUAUGCAGGAUUGAAAAAAUAUACUUCUGUGUAUUUAUUUUAAGAAAGGCAUGGAUGUUUAUGGUUCGGUAUUUGUGCAACGAUUGUGCUUUUUUCACAAAUGUGCUUUUGUUAAAUCAUCCCCCGUUUGGCGAAGUUGGCUGUCUUUGUUAGGAAGAAAUAGUCUUCACACAGUUCACAACGAGCCAGACGGCCCAAACUGCUGCAUAUACCCUGACUGUUGCACAGAACACAAGAGAAGUGACACAAUUUCCCAGGUUAAAAGAAAUUUGUGUUAGCAGGCAAUAUUAACUAAAUAUGCAGGUUUAAAAAGAUAUACUUGUGUAUUGAUUUUAAGAAGGGCGUUGAUGUUUUUGGUUAGGUACACAUUGAUUUUAAGAAGGGCGUUGAUGUUUUUGGUUAGGGACACAUUGAUUUUAAGAAAGGUGUUUUUGGUUAGGUACACAUUGAUUUUAAGAAAGGCGGUGAUGUUUUUGGUUAGGUACACAUUGAUUUUAAGAAAGGUGUUUUUGGUUAGGUACACAUUGAUUUUAAGAAGGGCGUUGAUGUUUUUGGUUAGGUACACAUUGAUUUUAAGAAGGGCGUUGAUGUUUUUGGUUAGGUACACAUUGAUUUUAAGAAGGGCGUUGAUGUUUUUGGUUAGGUACACAUUGAUUUUAAGAAGGGCGUUGAUGUUUUUGGUUAGGUACACAUUGAUUUUAAGAAGGGCGUUGAUGUUUUUGGUUAGGUACACAUUGAUUUUAAGAAAGGUGUUUUUGGUUAGGUACACAUUGAUUUUAAGAAAGGCGUUUUUGGUUAGGUACACAUUGAUUUUAAGAAAGGCGUUUUUGGUUAGGUACACAUUGAUUUUAAGAAAGGCGUUUUUGGUUAGGUACACAUUGAUUUUAAGAAAGGCGUUUUUGGUUAGGUACACAUUGAUUUUAAGAAAGGCGUUUUUGGUUAGGUACACAUUGAUUUUAAGAAAGGCGUUUUUGGUUAGGUACACAUUGAUUUUAAGAAAGGCGUUUUUGGUUAGGUACACAUUGAUUUUAAGAAAGGCGUUUUUGGUUAGGUACACAUUGAUUUUAAGAAAGGCGUUUUUGGUUAGGUACACAUUGAUUUUAAGAAAGGCGUUUUUGGUUAGGUACACAUUGAUUUUAAGAAAGGCGUUUUUGGUUAGGUACACAUUGAUUUUAAGAAAGGCGUUUUUGGUUAGGUACACAUUGAUUUUAAGAAAGGCGUUUUUGGUUAGGUACACAUUGAUUUUAAGAAAGGCGUUUUUGGUUAGGUACACAUUGGUGCAACGACAUAGCUGUUUUUCGCGAAUGCGCUUGUUAAAUCACCCGUUUUGCGAAGUAGGCUGUGAUUCAAUGAUAAAUUAACCGCAUCGAUUAUAUGCAACGCAGGACAAGCUAGAUAAACUAGUAAUAUCAUCAACCAUGUGUAGUUAACUAGUGAUUGUUAAGAUUGAUUGAUUGUUUUUUUAUAAG